AUGUUUGUACUCAUCAACAAGCUACAAAAGGCGGACCCUGUGCUGGCCGACAUUGUGGUCCGCCUCUAUCGCCGCGUUGAAGCACACAUGGUGAUGCCCCAGAACCAGGCUAUUCUCGAGGCACCGGGUAUCCAGCUCGAUCUUGGCUCUGGGGCGGGUGGCCUGGGGGAUGUUGAUGCCAUGGCGGACGUUGAUGUUGGCGCAGACGGCAUGACGGUUGACGGGCUGGACAUCGGUAUUGGCGGCCCAGGAAGCGCAGGCGGAUUGGACGCCACUAGCGACGGCGAUUGGUUUGGCGGCUUGGACACGAAUGGUAUGGAUAUGUUUGGCUGGGGAGACAGCAUGGACUUGAGUGGGAAUUGA